AUGUUGUUUGCCCUUCUGCUGCUCGCAGGCUCCGCGCUGGCAGGCAAAAUCCGCCCCUUCCCGGACCCAGAAGACGACAUCUCCAGGCUGCCCGUGUACGCGCCCAGCGACGCCGUCCCGCUGCAGUGCAAUGCCCGCCAAAUCGACAAUGGAGAGCACAAGUUUGACCCGCAGGGCAACGUCGUCUACGCGGACUUUCUCAAGUGCCAGGAGACCGCCCAGCCGCUGGCGCUGAAAUACGGCCUCAACGAGCAGAUCGAGUGCACCCGUGCCGAUUGUGUUCCAGUUCCGCGGCGUGGUGGAGGAGUCCCACUUCGAUCUGGACCCGAACGUCAACGUGCUCUUCAUGACAAGAGACAACCAAAUAGUCUCAGGAACGGCCUGGUCCAGCUCGCUCAACACGACAAAGGUCAUCAUCGGCGACUCGGUGCCGCUCAAAUUCGACGUCCAGUGGCUAGCCAAUGGGAUUGA